AUGUCUCCCAAACCAUCCAUCGUCAAAUUAAAGCAUAACCCAUUUCAAGAUAUAACUUCACUCUUGCAAAAAUGCAAACACAGAGACCAACUCCAUCAAAUCCAUGCGCGUAUAAUUACUACAGGCCUCGUUCACAACCUUCCAAUAGCAAGCAAACUUGUUUCAUCUUUUGCCUUAAUUGCCCUCCCCGCCACAAAUUUCACUGCCCGUUUGAUCGCCGACCGAGUAGACGGUCUCGAUACCUACACCUGGAACACCAUUAUCAGAGGUUAUUUGGCUGGAAAUCAUCCAAAAGAAGCGCUUUUGGUUUAUUCCCAUGUGAGAAGAAAGGGUCUGGAGGUGGAUAGUUAUACCCUGCAGUUUGCUAUUAAGGCAUGCCGGCUUAUGCCAAUAGUUCUUGAAGGGAAACAGUUACAUAACCACAUUUUGAAACUGGGUUUUGUCUCUGAGAUCAUAAUUCAAACUGCCCUUCUGAAUAUGUAUGGUGUUUUUGGUGAGCUUAGAUAUAUGCAACAAGUAUUUGAUGAAACGCCUCAGAGGGACUUAAUUAUGUGGAAUUCUAUUGUUGCAGCAUAUGCUCAGCACAAUUUCCCUUAUAAGGCACUUGCAGUUGCCAGUGCCAUGGCUUUGAGACUAAAUGGACUAAGUGUUGUUAGCUUGCUUUCUGCUUGCUCGUGUUUGCAGGCCUUGAGGCAAGGGAAGGCAGUUCAUGGCUAUGCGAUUAGAGGACACCUUCUUGAUAAUCAUGAUGUUUUUAUUUACAAUUCUUUGGUUAGUAUGUAUUCAAAAUGUGGGUUUUUAUCACAUGCUAGCCGGGUAUUCCAGAUGAUGCCUAUAAGAAAUGUGGUUUCUUGGACUUCUAUGAUCAAUGGUUUUAGUGAGAACAAUUAUCUGAAGGAGGCAUUGGCUCUGUUUGAAGAGAUGGAGGCUAAGAACAUAAGACCAGAUGAGGUUACCAUUUUGGGUGUUAUUUCAAUGUCCUCCAAGUUACAAAGCUUCAAGCUCGGGGAGUGGAUUGAGCGUUAUAUUGAGAGGAAUGGAUUUAGAACAGGGAGUAUAGCCAUGUCAAAUGCACUGAUGGACAUGCAUGCCAAAUGUGGGAACAUCAAGAAAGCUUGUCAAAUUUUUGAUGGGAUGCCGGAGAAGUCGUUAGUGUCUUGGACUACUAUAAUACAAGGGCUAGCGAUGCACGGCCUUGGAAGGCUAGCUCUGGCUCAGUUCUCUCAGAUGCAAAAAGAGGGCUUUAAGCCAGAUGGGAUUGUCUUCCUCAACGUAUUAUCUGCCUGCAGCCACGCCGGUAUGAUGGACGAGGGGAGAAAGUGUUUUAAUUCAAUGGUAAAUGAUUUUCACCUGAAACCAUGGAUGGAACACUACGGUUGCAUGGUUGAUCUCCUAUGCAGAGCUGGAUUGGUAAGCGAGGCAUUUGAGUUUGUUCAAAACAUGCCAGAUAAACCAGAUACAAUAAUAUGGCGCAUGCUGCUUGGGGCAUGUCAAGCCCAAGGAGAUGCUAGUCUAGCGAGUCAGAUUAUGAACCAUUUACAUGACACAGGGCCUAAAAAUAGUGGAGACUAUGGACUCCUGUCGAAUUUGUAUGCCGCCGUGGCCGAAUGGGAUAAUGUCAAAGAGAUAAGAAAGGAGAUGAAAAAGAAGGGAGUUGUAAAACAAGAUCCUGGUAGCAGUUCAAUCGAAUUGUAA